CUCUCUCAAGCAAUGAUCUAGGAUGUCCUCUUUCCUCUCCUUGCGUAUAAAGAUAGUCAAGAAUGGGAACAUCAAAACUAUCCAGUUUAAGUACAACACGUUAGUCAGUGAAGCUUGCCAGAUAAUACGAGAUCGAGAGCCAGGAGCUGAUCAAGGAGACAUAACUGAGUAUGGGCUGUUCAAACCAGACGAGGACGCCAAAAAGGGGACAUGGCUAGAUCCAAGACGUACAUUGGAAUAUUACCUUUUUAGGGCAGGGGAUCAAUUGGAGUACAGAAAGAAGAUACGACCUCUGAGGGUCAAAAUGUUGGACGAUUCUAUAAAGACAAUAUUAAUAGACGACAGUCACAAUGUUAAGGAAGUCAUUAAAGCGAUCUGUGAGAGGAUUGGUAUUAAUAACCCUGACGAGUUUUCAUUAGUGGUGGAGAACCUCCAAGCUGAUGAUGCAAAGAAUGCAACGCUUCGUAAGGAUAAAACAAGUGGAUUACAAGAACGUGAUCGCAAGAAAAUGGAAACUCUACGUAAAAAGUUACACACAGACGAUGAUAUAUUGUGGCUUAAUCAUGAGAAAAGUUUGAGGGAACAAGGCAUCCCUGACGAUCAGAUGCUUCUUUUGAGAAAGAAAUUGUUCUUCUCUGAUAUUAAUGUGGACAGAAACGAUCCGGUUCAGCUAAAUCUUAUGUACAUACAGGAUAACACAUGCGUUCUGAACGGAACACACAAAGUCUCGCAAGAAGACGCCAUCACAUUGUCUGCUAUCAGAGUACAGAUCCAGUUCGGUAAUCACGAUGAGAACAAACACAAGAAAGGGUUCCUCGAGUUGAAGGACUUGCUACCAACUGAGUACCGUAAAAUUCCCGGGAUGGAGAAGAAAAUAUUUGCCGAACACAGGAAACUUAUCGGUAUGACGGAGCUAAACGGAAAACUGAGGUAUAUUAAGUACUGCAGAGAGUUGAAAACUUAUGGUGUGACUUUCUUCCUCGUAAAAGAGAAGAUGAAAGGUAAGAAUAGGCUCGUACCCCGAUUGUUGGGCAUCACAAAGGAGAAGGUGAUGAGAGUUGACGAGAAGACGAAGGAGGUCAUACAGGAGUGGCAGUUAACCACCGUAAGACGAUGGGCUGCUUCCCCAAACAGUUUUACUCUCGAUUUCGGAGACUAUUCCGAGAGUUACUACUCUGUUCAGACCCAGGAAGGAGAAAAGAUAUCCCAGCUGAUAUCACAGUACAUCGAUUUGAUCAUGAAGAACAAGACUGGUGGAGACAGAAGACUAAGUGAAACUGAUGAAGAAGCUACUGUUAUUGAGGACCAAGUCAGACCAGGUAAAGCGAUGACUCUGCAAAACAUCGGAGGAGACAGGGAGAUGAUCGACCAAGACAACAUAGCUAUGUCGGGAAUCCUGCGCCCAGGAGACCCUGGAAAGCGUGGUGUAGUCUCUGCUACUGACGCACCCGAACAUCUCAUACAGCACGGUGGUAUCCACAUAGCCCAAUCCGCCCAUAUGGGUCAGCCUCCUGACAUAACCUCAGCUGCAGGAAACCCACAGCAAGCUCACAUCUCCAACAUCAUGCUUAGCAUCGACGACAUCGAGAAGGCCAAGAACGAGAUGGCUUACCCCGCGGACUUGCCGCCACUUGGUGAUAACAUUGCAAGCAGGCAAUGGAGAGAGAUGAUGUUUGACACUAGUAAACACAACAUACACAGCAAUUUGGUGGCAAGUUCCACUGCUGCCUGUGGUAUUUACAUCAACACUCCUCUCGCUAACGCAGACCCCAACUACCUUGCUAUUGGAACGAACGUGUCCCAGCUUACAAGCAACAUGACUGAUGCGGCGAAGAAUCUGAGAAUGUUAAUGACUCUGCAACCUGACGGCCCGGAGAAGGACAACCUCCUAGCAGCAGCUAAUCGUCUAGCUGGCGCUACUCAGGACCUCCUGAACGCCGCUAAAGACGGACGUGCCAACCGCGCGGCUCAGCAAGCUGCUAUCAACGCCAUGGCAGAUGCUCACAAGGCAGUGUUGGGAUGUUUGGGAGAUCCGGAAACUGAGUCUGACAUGCAGAUGAGGUUCCUGGACCAGGCCAGGCUUGUUGCCCAGGCUGUUGGAAAGCUUGUUAAUGAUUGUAAGGAGGUUGCCCGAUCUUGCUCCGAUCCUGAGAUGCAAGGACAGGUUAUCAACGCCAGUAAAGACGCUGCAGCCAGCAGUUCUCAACUGGUCACCUGUAUCAAGCUGCUCGGACCCACUAUGGCCAGUCCAUUGUGCCAGCAGCAGCUUAUGGAGGCUGCUAAGGGAGUAGCCUAUGCUGUCGAAGGAUUAGUGCACACAGCUCAGAACAGUUCCGAUGACCAGGGAAUACUGAACAACGUCAGCGCCAGUGCUGAGGAGGCCCAGAAAGCGCUGGAUGAGCUCAUCAGGUUCAUCAAACAAACUCCGCUAUCCACUCAACAAGAUGGCCGGGAGUUGAGCGCAGAACAGAUCCUAGAUGCUAGUGACAAGAUGUUCAACUCUAUGGGAAACACUGCCGAGAUGGUACAACAGGCCAAGAUAAUAGCCCGAGCCACCAGCUCCUUGGUACAUGGUAUCAAACUGGAGGCUGAAUCUCAGAAUGACAGUGAAAGUCAGACCAAGUUGCUGGCAGCUGCUAAACAGUUGGCUGAUGCCACUGCUAGGAUGGUUGAGGCUGCUAAAGCAGCAGCCAUGAACCCCAACGAUGAACAUUGUCAACUUGCUCUGCAACAGACUACAGAAGAUCUACGACAAGCAGCAAACAAUGCCACAUCUGAAAACAUGAAGGCUAAACUGAUGGCUAAACUACAAGACCACGCCAAGAUCGCUACAGCCGCCAGCACGCAACUUCUUGCUGCCGCUAACGGAGCUGAGAGAUGCAACGGUAACUCAGCAAGUCAAGAAGCCCUGAUGUCGCAGUGCAAGAUGCUAGGAGACGCUAUUAGUAAACUAGUUAGCUCAAUUAACGCAUAUUCUCACGAUCCUAACAACGACUCCGAGCAGCUGAACCUCGUGCAGUGCGCCCAACAGUUCAUAGCACCGGCUACGAGGUGUGUUUCUGCUGCCAAGUCAGCAGUCCCCCACGUAACUGACCAAGCCGCCGCCCUUCAACUCGCCAACUUCUCCAAGAGUGCUGCUUCAGCGCUCGUCAACCUGCGCAACGCCGCCAACCGCGCUGGAGAAUCCUUCACUGCUCUUAAUGUUGACAACGCAUUGGACUUGUUAGCAAACGUCAAGGGUAACUUGAAGGACGUCGAAAGAAGUGUUGCAGAGGGAACGAUUAAACCUCUACCUCGAGAAACAUCCAGCCCUGAUGGUCCUGUUGAGUGCACCCCAGAGUCGUGCACAGCGGACCUCUACGGAGCGAGUAGACAGGUUGGAACUAGUAUGGUACAACUGCUCACAGCUGCCAACCAGGGCAAUGCUAACUACACUGGAAUCGCAGCUCGCGAAACAGCAAACCAUCUCGGUGAUCUAAUCGGAGCGGUACGUGGUAUUUGCGCGUGUACCGAUGAUAGGAACGAUCAGAAUGUCGUGAUAGAUAAUGCUAAGGACGUGCUGGACGAAGCUCAGCGCAUGAUGGAGUACAGCAAGGUGCUGUUGAACAACCCGGACAGUGCGGACGCGGCCAAGAACCUGCAUGAAGCCAACAAGGCUGUCUCUAACGCUAUCAACAACCUCCUCAACUCACUACCUGGACAGAAGGACGUUGACAGUGCUAUCAAGGAGAUCGCUAGAGCCAGUGUUGCUAUUACUGAUAACCGGUUCCCACCUACUAAGGGAGAGUCACUUGCAGACUUACAGAACGCCGUCUCAGAAGACGCUGCUAAACUGAACCAGGUGUCUUCAGAGCUGGUGGCAGCUAGUCGUGUCUCUCCUGAGGACCUGGCUGUUGUCGCUAACAACUUCGCCACCACUUACGGAAAUGUUGUCAACCACAGCAUGCAGCUCGCUGGAGCAACCAAGGACGCAGAACUACAGUCAGAGGUGAUAAUGCAGCUGAAGAACUGCCACGCUUCUUCCAACAAACUGCUGAGUCUUAGUAAGCUGUGCGUGGCAGAUCCCACCACACCACACCUCAAGAACAACCUGACCCAGUCUGCUAGAUCUCUUACUGACAGCAUCAACAACUUGCUCGAUGCCUGCACCAGCAGUGUGCCUGGCCAGAAGGAAUGCGAUAAUGCUAUCAGGAACCUUGAGACUCUGAACAACAGUCUCCAAGAUCCAAGUGUGCCUGUCAGUAAUGAGAACUUCUUCGACUGUAUCGAGUCUGUUGUGGACAACCAGAGGAUCCUGGAGGACAACCUCAAACAGCUGCCCACCCUGGCUAAGGCUAACGACAGGAAGGCGUUUGCUGGUGCCAUCGACGAAGUCAACGAUUCUCUUACUGCCCUAUCACAUGCCGCAGCUCAGACUGCCUACCUGGUGGGAGUAUCAGAUCCCAACAGCACCGCAGCUACCCCUGGUAUUGUGGACCCUGACCUCUACAACAACGCUCACAGGGUUAUCAGUGCUGCUGUAGAGAAACUAACACAGCCCGACCUGACACAACAGGAAGUGCUGGCUGCUGCCACUCAAAUAGCUCAGCACACCUCCAAAUUGUGCAACGCCUGCAAGUCAGCGUCCCAGAAAUGUGACAACCCCGUGGCUAAACGACACUUUGUACAGUGCGCCAAGGAUGUGGCUAACAGCACCGCUCAGCUUGUUAAGAGCAUCAAGGCGCUGGCCACCAAAUUGACCCCCGAGAACAGGGAGGCUUGUAGGGAGGCAGCUCAGCCUCUCCUGGUAUCAGUGGAACACCUCCGAGACUUUGCUCUGUCUCCAGAGUUCGCUCCAGUUGCAGCCAGAAUCAGUCCCCAGGGUAAGGCAGGACAGCAGUGUGUGAUAGAUGCUGGUAACAAACUCACUAGCACCAGCACUAAACUUCUCCAGUUCUCCAGAUCCUUAGCUCUCAAUCCUAACGAUGGUACCAACAUGCAGCUCCUUAUCACUCAGGCUAAAUCUGUGUCGAAUGCCGUGAAGGAUCUACUUGACCAAGUAAAGGAAAAUGUGCCUGGACAAAAACCUUGCGACCAGGCUCUCGAGAAACUGAAGUGUGCUCAGACCGAGAUGGAACAGGCCGCCAUCAGUGCCACUGCUGGACAGCUCAGACCACAGGAAGCCACAAAUUUACAGGGAUACCAGACCCAGCUCGAAGCAGCAACCAUGGAAAUAAAGGAUCUGAUAGAACCUCUGGUGGAGUCUGCAAAGAGUCACCCCGAGAGGCUUGGACACAACGUGGCUACAUUGUCUUUGUACUUUGACCCUGUAUCUCGUGCUACUAUUGGAGCUGCAUCUAAACUUAGUGACAUGGAUCGACAACAGGACCUCUUCUCUCAGGCUAGAACUCUGAUGGAGGCAAUGUCCGAUAUGUUAAGCACCUCUAAAGAUUGCGGAGGGAACCCCAACGCCACUGCUCUUCAUCCUAAAUUAGACCAGGAUGUUGAAGCUGUCGAUGAGGCUAUCAAGGACCUCAGACUUACCCUGGAAAUGGCUCCUGAAAGUGGUCUGUCCACCUCACUUAUUGAGAAUAUCGCCAAGUCACGUGGAACUCUCAACGACCCAGUUGAAGAAAGUGUUUCCGUGAUGGCUCAACACGAGGCUAUCCUGAACAAUGCCAGAGCUAUAGCUGGUGCUGGCCAGGACAUGGUCGGUAAGGCCAGUCUCAGCCCCGAGUCUCUGUCCGAUCUUGCUCAGGUUAUAUCUGAAGAGUACGCUAGUCUGGUGGAUAACGUGAGACAGUGUGCCGACAGCCAGGGUACAGAGCCUCUCAGGGACGCCACAGACAAGCUGGCUAAUCCUUGUUCUGAGCUGGUGAAAACAAGCGCUACUGUUCAGAGUAAUCCUAAGGAUUCCAUCUCCCGGAGAGAACUGAGUGAACAUGCCAAGGGAGUUGCACAUGGUGUACACGCUAUCCUUCAGUCACUGCAGCAAAGUAGUCAAGGAACCCAGGCGUGUAUCGACACUAUUAACUCUAUUGUCGGUAUCACCGGAGAUUUGGAAACCAUGCAGAUGUUCGCUAGGACCGGCGCUCUGGAGAACACAGGAGAACCCUUCUCCAACCACAGAGAAAAUAUUCUUGGAACCGCUAAGAAAUUGGUAGAGAACACCAAACAACUGGUUGCAGGAGCUGCAGCAGAUCAGGCUCAACUCAAGCAGGCUGCCCUAGCUGCUCAAACCACCAUCUCCAACCUUGCUGACGCAGUUAAACGUGGUGCUGGAGCUUUGUCUAUUGACGAUGUUGAGACCCAGGUUAUGUUGCUGAACGCCUGUAUGGAUGUUGCUAAGGCACUGUCUGGUUUGAUCGAUUCCACCAAAGACGCGUGUGGUAAAUCUAGUGAGCACGAUACCAUGGACAAUUUAAAGAGUAGCGCUAAAGAGAUGGUUCAAAGUGUUAGCUCUUUAUUGAAGACAGUGAAGAGUGCUGAAGACAAGGCCAGCCGAGGAACAAGAGCUCUAGAAAUUGCAGUGGACGCCGUCUCCAGCGACAUCAAAGCUCUGGACAACGCUUCAGCUGGAGCUGCAUCAGCUUCUCCAGAGUCAGGCAAUUCUGACUCCGAUGGUUUUGACUCUGACGCGGAAGUUCAGGUCAGACCGCGCCUGCAGAGCUCCAUUAUGUCCAGGCCAAGUGCCGAAGCAACCAAAGAAAAGGCCAGGAUGGCAAAUGCCCAGGACCUCAUCAGAGCCGCUAAGGAGAUCACAAUUGCUACUACAAAAGCAGUGGCAGCAGGUAACACAGCCAAACAAGACGACAUUGCAGCUGCGGGUAACAUGGGUCGCAAGGCUAUCACUGACAUGUUGAACACGUGCAAGGGAGCCUCUAAUAACGCGGAGAGCGAGGCACUCAAGCUCAAGGUGUUACAAGCUGGUCGCAGUACGAGUAUGGCCUAUCGGGAUAUGUUGGAGUACAUGUGUGAAUCACUUUCUGCUGGACAACCUGAGAACAGCCAACUUAUCGAGUAUUCUAAGAAAAUCGCUGAAAGCGUCAAGAAUCUCAUCGGUUGUGCUGAGCAAAUCGCUGAAAGCACCGGAAAUCCUAUCGGUUGUGCUGAGGAAAUGAAGACUGGAGCUGACUGGGUUAACCCUGAUGAUCCUAAUGUUAUUGCUGAGAACGAACUGCUCAAUGCUGCUGCCAGUAUCGAGGCUGCUGCCAAGAAACUGUCAAUGCUUCAGCCCAGAAAGAAAACAGGAAAGAAAGUGGACGAGUCUCUCAACUUCGAAGAACAGAUUUUGGAAGCAGCUAAGGCAAUUGCUGGUGCCACCAGUGCCUUGGUUAGAGUUGCAUCUGCUACUCAGCGAGAAUUGGCAAGACAGGGCCGAGUGACGACAACAAAUCUGGACAAAGAGAGCAUCUGGUCAGAGGGUCUGGUUGGUGCUGCCAGGAUGGUGGCAGCUGCCACCAGCACAUUGUGUGAAGCCGCUAAUGCUGCCGUGCAGGGAAAUGCCUCUGAAGAGAAGCUUAUCGCAUCUGCAAAGGGAGUAGCUAACUCCACAGCCCAGCUGCUGAUGGCCUGCAUGGUUAAAGCGGAUCAGCAUUCAGAAAACGCACAGCGUCUCCAGACGGCUGGUAACAAGGUCAAGAGGGCAGCUGAUUGCCUGGUCAAGGCAGCUCAAUCAGCGUCUGUGUUCGACGAACAAGAGGUUGAGGUGAGUGUCCAGAGUAGUGCAGUGUACGCCAUGGCUGCUGAGCUCCAGGCGCAGGAGGAGAUCUUGCGGAGGGAAAGGGAGUUGGAACAGGCCCGAAAACAGCUAGCCAAAAUCCGACACGCUCAGACAUACUCGUUCAAGAAACUGCAGGACAACCAGGACACGUAGGGUUUAUUCUAAUACUGCACUUAGGUGUUAUAUAAUAUACUCGCCGCACUCCUGAUAUCAUAGGAUGAAGAGUGAUUUGUACUUUUGACGAACAAGGGACCCUUCCGACUCUGAAUGAUUUGAUGAAAAGAAUAUUUUGUAUGUUACGAUAUAAACUAUAUCUAUAAUGAAUUAUGAUAGUCUGUUUUUAUGGGUUAUUUUAGAAAAUGUCUCUGUUCUUUGAGCUUUUGAUGAGUUUUCUGUUCCAUUAAAUUGUUAAUGAUUUUUGAUUAAAUAAUCGCAGUUUUUCGCUCAUCAGAGUUGCUUAUCAACAUCUAGAUCUUUUUCAUAUGCCAUGAAAAACGCGACACUGACACGUACGGUACUUGUGCUUGCAACAACCGGAUUGGCACGAAAACCAAAAUGGUCCACUGGUUUUAGAUUGGCUAGGUUUCUGACUUUGAAAUUCAAGCGUAGUCUCGUGGACGAAUAAUUCUUUUAGUUACACAUAAGAUAGAUUCCAUUUGAAAUAUUUAGUGCUUUAUUUUUAUAUAAACCUUGUUUUGAGACCCCUGCGGGAAUGUAAAAUUAAUUCGCAUUGCAUUAUGAUAUAAUGUGAAUUUAAAUGGUUUGGCAAUUCUAAAAUUGCACCAAGAAUUUUUACUUUAUUUUCUUCAAACGUCAUCGAGCCUUCCUUUAGUUUGAUUUUAUGAUUUUUAUGUUCAACUUAAGUGAAUUUGUCCAUAGAUUAACGUAUGACUGAGGUUUGAACAUUAGACGCUUUGCUUGGGAUUCAGAGACCUGAGGGUGACUGCACUUUUAAGAAAUUUUGUCAAUAAUAUUUGGACAUUGAUUAUGAGGAUGAAAACGAAUCGCAUUUAUGAAAUUAGGUUUUAUUCGGAAAAUUAAAUUAUUUCCACAUUACGUUAGAAUUACAGUUUACUUUGUAGUUAUAAAUUGCCCCCUUUUAAAGCUUUUGUUAUUUUCGAUACUGUUUUAAAUAAACGCUUGGUAAUGUACAUGAAUGCUUUACUUGGCCUACUGUAAA